AUGACGAAGGCAAGAGGAUCUCUCACAGUGCGCAGAAGGAAAAUGAGCUCCACAGAAGACCUUGACUAUCCUCAGAUCUUAUUUCAAUACAACAAUGGGUUUUUAGUCUCAAAGAUUAUGUUUACCGCCUGUGAAUUGGGAGUGUUUGAUCUAUUGCUGGAGUCAGAAGGGCCCCUGUCUUCAGAUGCCAUUGCUGACCGUUUGGGCACCAGCGCCAGCGGAAUGGAACGGUUGCUUGAUGCCUGUGUGGGAUUAAAGCUCCUGGGAGUCGAAAUGAAAAGUGAAGGAGCCUUUUACAGGAACACAGAGCUUUCCAACCUCUACCUUACAAAAUCAAGUCCCAAGUCUCAGUAUCAUAAUUUGAUGUACUACUCCAAAACUGUCUAUUUGUGCUGGCACUACCUGACAGAUGCUGUGAGAGAUGGGAAAAACCAGUAUGAGCGAGCAUUUGGCGUUUCAUCAAAAGACCUCUUUGAGGCUCUCUACAGAUCAGAAGAAGAGAUGAUCAAAUUCAUGUAUGGUUUAAAUGCAAUUUGGAGUAUAUGUGGCAGAGAUGUGAUUGGUGCAUUUGACCUUUCACCUUUCACCGUCAUUUACGAUCUGGGAGGAUGUGCAGGUGGUUUGGCCCAGGAAUGUAUUUCUUUGUACCCAAAUUCUACAGUCACAAUUUAUGACCUACCUAAAGUAAUACAAGUGGCAAAGGAGCAUUUUGUACCCCCAGAAGAACGUCGGAUCACUUUCCAUGAAGGAGAUUUUUUUAAAGAUCCAAUUCCAGAAGCUGACCUGUACAUUUUGGCUAGGAUCCUGCAUGACUGGGCAGAUGACAAGUGUAUGCAGCUACUAGCAAAAAUCCACAAGGCUUGCAAGCCUGGGGGAGGAGUGCUGCUGGUUGAAACACUUUUGAAUGAAGACAAAACUGGGCCUUUGGAAACCCAGCUUUACUCUAUGAACAUGUUGGUUCAGGCUGAAGGAAAAGAACGAACGCCAACCGAGUACAGCAAGCUCCUCGCUGCAGCUGGUUUCAGAGAGAUUCAGGUCAAGAAAACAGGAAAGCUCUAUGAUGCCAUUUUAGGAAGAAAAUAA